GGCAAGUGGAUGUUCUCCUUGAUGAUCAAACAUUUUCAAUCUCCAUCCUACUUAAAAUAUUUCAGUAUAGAUUCCGUACCCCCACCGACUCCUCAGUUCAUGCAAAAAGUAUACCCGUAAUAUAUAAUUAUGUUCUGAAGAAGAAUAAGAACUUGAAAUCCAGCAAAUAUGAAUAAUCGUCUUCUAUUGCCCUUUGCUGCUUUUCUCGUGCCAGUAAUAUUAGGCAUCAUAAUUCUCCAGCUCGACUCGUUUGACCCGGCGGCUUACCCGGCUGACCAGCUCAGCCGGAAGAAGCCGCUGUCGGCACCGAGCCGCAACAGUCGCAUGUUUCAUGGUUCCGAGAAGAUAGGACUGGGGCGGGUGUGGGGCCCGGAGGACAUCUUGUACGAUCCCAAGACGGGAGUCAUUUACACCGGGUGCAUGGAUGGGUGGGUCAAGAGAGUGACGGUCAACGAGUCUUCCGCCGCCGACUCCGUGGUGGAGGACUGGGUCAACACCGGCGGCAGGCCGCUUGGACUCGCUCAUGGGCAUCACGGUGAAGUCUUAGUUGCUGAUGCUGAUAUUGGAUUACUAAAUGUGACAAGAGAGGGUAAGGUGGACGUGCUAACGGACGAGGCAGACGGAAUGAAGUUCAAACUAACGGACGCCGUAGCUGUUGCAGAGGAUGGCAUCAUCUAUUUCACGGAUGCAUCCUGGAAAUACAGUCUUAAGGAUUUUGCUUUUGAUUUUCUUGACGGAAGGCCCUAUGGCAGAUUUCUAAGUUAUGAUCCCAAAACAAAGCAUACCCAAGUGCUUGCCAAGGAUUUGUUCUUUGCCAAUGGUGUUGCUGUCUCUCCAGACCAGAGCUUUGUCAUUUUUUGCGAAACUCCCUUGAGGAGGUGCAAAAGGUUAUUUCUGAAAGGAGAAAGGAAGGGAAAUGUUGAUAUUUUCGUUGAGGACUUGCCAGGGAUGCCCGACAACAUUCGAUAUGAUGGAGAAGGCCGCUUCUGGAUUGCACUUGUCACGGAUUUCACAUGGAGUUGGGAGCUUGCACAAAAGCACCCAUUUGUGAGGAAACUUUUGGGGUUGAUGGAGAGGUAUGUGAGGCGACCGCAAAUGGAGAAGGACGGAGGAGUUUUCGUGGUGGACUUGGAAGGCAACCCGGUGGCUCACUACAAUGAUUAUCAUUCCUCACUCGUCUCAACCGGAAUCAAGAUUGAUAAUUAUUUGUAUUGUGGUUUCGUAAGUCUAAUUUUAUAUUCAGGCUCAAUCUCACUAUGUAAUCCGGCAAUUCCAAGUUAAUGUCAGGGACGAAUUGUGAACUAUGAAGUGCUGUUAAAACAUUUAUUUAAGUAUGAGAAACAAUUUAGAGAAAUGAUUAGUGUGCAUGGAAAAUAAAAGCACAUUGUUUUGUUAUA